AUGUCCAUGGAUGAACAAAAACUGGCAGAGUCCAUCAACACGCAGAUCGAACAAGAUAAAGGUAAGCAUAAUCAUGCUAAGAAGAAGCACGGGAAAUCCCAAAAAAAUGGUGGUAAGGGGUCAAAGGUAAGUGCAGAGCACAUUGCAGAGGUACGAGCGCAGCGUGAGUUGGCUAAGAAGGCCAAACGGGAUGCAAUGAUCGCUAAAGGUUUAGAUCCAGACGCUCCCCCAGAUCUUCAAUUCAUCCGCAGACCAAUGCUAUCUCUCGUGCCCAAAAAUACACCCAGCACUGGGUUUUCAUUCCGUCUCAUGACAUAUAAUUGUCUUGCUCAGGCAUUGAUUCGCCGCAAGCUAUUUCCCACGAGCGGUAAUGCGUUGAAAUGGUUCAAGCGCUCGCAGGUUCUUCUUCAUGAAUUCAAGUACUAUAAUGCCGAUGUUCACUGCUUGCAAGAGGUGGACUAUAUCCAGUAUCAGUCUUUCUGGAAAGAAGAAUUCUCAAAGAUGGGCUACGACUCCCAAUUCCAUCGGCACGGAACCAAAAAUCACGGCAUUGCGAUAGUAUGGAAGCGCGAGCUUUUCACCAUGUCGGAUAAGAUGCUUGUAGAUUAUGACAAGGAAGAAGCAGGUCACAUCUCUCCAAGAACAACUACAAAAAACGUGGGUUUGGUGUUGGCAUUAAAUUUCACCCAGAAAGUACUCGAUAAAUUUCCAAACAGCCGCAAACGUGGAAUUCUUGUCGGUACGACACAUCUAUUUUGGCAUCCAUUUGGAACAUUUGAAAGAGCUCGCCAAUGUUACGUGGUUUUAGCUAAGAUGAAGGAGUUUGAGCACCGCGUCAACCUACUUCAGAACUCAGAUGGAGCGCAAGGUGGUUGGACGCCUUUUUUCUGCGGAGACUUCAAUUCGCAGCCUUUCGAUGCGCCUUAUCUAUCGAUGUGCUCGAAACCCGUUGCUUAUAAAGGCCGCGCCAAGACUGUCAUCCAAUGUAGUACCUCUUACACCUUUUCGAAAGCUCGCGAUGGGGAAGAAUGCGACGAUGAAGAAGGCGGAAAUAUCGAGAAAUUUGGUGACGGCCAGCCAGAGCAUCCAGUUCCUUCUGAGUUUGCUGCAAAUGACGAACAGAGAAGCUUAGUCGAACGCAUGGAAUCACUUCAUAAUAGCCUUGAUAUGAGGGCCACGUCCAUUUAUUCGGCUGCGUAUAAACAUGUCCAUGUGGAAAAUGCAGGGUUGGACAACGACUUUGACGAACCAGAAAUAUCUAAUUGGGCAGAAACUUGGAGAGGGCUCUUAGACUACAUAUUUGUCAUUCGAAAGUGGGACUUUUCAGAUAAAACAACCCCUGAUGACAUAGAUGAUCUCGAAAAGGCCGCUGGCAUUACAAUCAAGAGUUUAUUGCGGAUGCCGUCUUCUAGAGAAAUGCCCAAGCACGGACAACCGCAUGAGGGAGAAUACGGAAGUGACCAUUUGUCGAUGAUGUGUGAAAUUGAACUAGUUAUGUAA